AUGGAAGAGGAGCUGAAGUGCCCGGUGUGCGGCUCGCUGUUCCGGGAGCCCAUCAUCCUGCCCUGCUCCCACAACGUCUGCCUGCCCUGCGCCCGCACCAUCGCCGUGCAGACGCCCGAGCGCGAGCAGCACCUGCCCGCCUUGCUGCAGCCCCGGGCCCCAGGGGCGGCGGCGGGGCCCGGGCCGGCGGCGGGCUCGGAGGCUGAGUGCGCCGCGGGCGGCGGGGAGCACGCGGACAAGCUGAGCCUGCACAGCGAGAGCGACAGCGGCUACGGCUCCUACACCCCCAGCCUCAAGUCCCCCAACGGGGUGCGGGUGCUGCCGCUGGGGCCAGCCCCGUCCGGCUCCUCCUCGGCGGCUCUUCCCCGCGGGGCGGGCCCCAGCUCGUCCCUCACCUGCCCGCAAUGCCACCGCAGCGCCUCCCUGGACCCGCGCGGCCUCCGCGGCUUCCCGCGCAACCGGCUGCUGGAGGCCAUCGUGCAGCGCUACCAGCAGGGCCAGGCCGCCGCCAAGUGCCAGCUCUGCGACCGCAGCCCGCCCGAGGCCGCCACCGUGGCGUGCGAGCAGUGCGAGGUGCUGUACUGCGCCGCCUGCCAGCUCAAGUGCCACCCGACCCGGGGGCCCUUCGCCAAGCACCGCCUGCUGCCCCCGCCCAGCCUCCCGGGCGGGCCCGGCAAGGCGGCGGGGGGUGCCCGCAAGUUGCCCACCUGCGCUGAUCACGAGCUGGAGAACUACAGCAUGUACUGCGUGAGCUGCGCCACCCCCGUCUGCUACCAGUGCCUGGAGGAGGGCAAGCACGGCCAGCACCAGGUGAAAGCCCUGGGGGCUAUGUGGAAACAGCACAAGACACAGUUGUCUCAGGCUUUAAAUGGUGUUUCAGAUAAAGCAAAGGAAGCUAAAGAAUUUUUGGUUCAGCUGAAAAAUAUAUUACAGCAGAUACAGGAGAAUGGGUUGGAUUAUGAAGCUUGUCUGGUUGCUCAGUGUGAUGCCCUGGUUGAUGCAUUAACUCGUCAAAAGGCAAAACUGCUCACAAAAGUUACCAAAGAGCGUGAGCACAAAUUAAAGGUUGUUUGGGACCAAAUAAAUCACUGUACUCUGAAGCUACGUCAGUCAACAGGGCUUAUGGAAUACUGUCUGGAAGUAAUCAAAGAAAAUGAUCCCUCUGGUUUUUUACAGAUUUCAGAUGCUUUAAUCAAACGUGUUCAGGUGUCUCAGGAACAGUGGGUCAAAGGAGCCUUGGAACCAAAAGUAUCAGCUGAAUUUGACCUGACUCUGGAUAGUGAACCUUUACUACAGUCAAUUCACCAGCUGGAUUUUAUUCAGAUGAAAUGUAGGGUGCCACCAGUCCCAUUACUGCAGCUGGAGAAGUGUUGUACCCGAAACAACAGUGUGACACUGGCCUGGAGGAUGCCACCCUUUACCCAUAAUCCAGUGGAAGGGUAUAUCUUGGAACUUGAUGAUGGAGAUGGCGGCCAAUUCCGAGAAGUGUAUGUUGGCAAGGAGACCCUAUGCACAAUUGAUGGCCUUCAUUUCAACAGUACCUAUAAUGCAAGAGUCAAAGCUUUUAAUUCAUCAGGAGUUGGCCCUUAUAGCAAGACAGUUGUUUUACAGACAUCUGAUGUGGCCUGGUUCACCUUCGACCCCUCUUCGGCCCAUCGGGACAUAGUCCUAUCGAAUGACAACCAGACUGCCACUUGUAGUAGUUAUGACGAUCGUGUUGUUCUGGGCACAGCGGCCUUCUCCAAGGGAGUACAUUACUGGGAACUGCAUGUGGAUCGUUAUGAUAAUCAUCCAGAUCCGGCUUUUGGAAUUGCCAGAAUUAAUGUGGUCAAGGACAUGAUGCUAGGAAAGGACGACAAGGCGUGGGCCAUGUAUGUUGACAACAACCGCAGCUGGUUCAUGCAUUGCAAUUCUCAUACAAGUCGGACAGAAGGGGGUGUUUCUAAAGGUGCCACUGUGGGCGUUCUCCUGGACCUAAACAAGCACAGCCUGACCUUUUACAUAAAUGGGCAGCAGCAAGGACCUUCAGCAUUUGAAAAUGUGGAGGGUGUCUUCAUGCCUGCAUUAAGCCUCAACCGAAAUGUACAGGUGACUCUGCACACAGGACUGGAAGUGCCACAGAGUUGUGACUGCAGUGGCUUUUGGUCUCACAAAUGGGAGAACUCAUUUCAGUUACCAGCAACAAUCAUCUUCUGAAAAGGAAGCAGAGGAGAGUUCAGUGAAGUGAUUACAGAUGUUUCUUUAAAAAUGGUAUACACAAAAUAGACUGUGUUGGGAAGAGGAGUGAUACUUUAUAGCCUUGAUCCUGACAGAUGCUGAGCACCUGGAGUGCCCGUAGACUUCCCUGCGAGCUGUGGAUAGCCAACAUCUCUUGGGAGCAAAGGUCUUAAUUUUCUACUCAGCUGGGAUGAACUAAUUAAGGCCCUGAUCCAGCAAAGCACUUAAGCAUGUGCUCAAAUGCUUUGCUGAACUGGGACCUAACAGUCUUGUAGGUUUUGACUUUAUCCUGCAACUCAGGAAUUUUGUGGUCAUCUGAAACAUAUGAAAAUGAGAAGCCUUGUCAAAUGGCAUCCACAAAAGUAAGCGCCUGAUUGACCACUGAUGGUUUCAAUCCGUGGCAAUACUAGAUAGCACCUUUGCCAGCAUGCAGUCAGCAGUAAAUAUUUUGAUUCUCAAUUUCUUUCUCUCUCUCAACAAAAUAAUGUGUGCAUGUGCAUAUUUUGCUGAGGGAAGAGUGAUUAACUGAGCUAAUCUAUAGUAGCAAGUCCUAACAGAUUGCAUCAUGACACUGCACCUAGAACUCUGCCCUCAUGAUCCGGCCUAAAUGUAGCGCUAAUAAACAGAAGUACCAUAGCCUGCUGUAUACUAUUGUUAUAGUAUUUCCUUUUUAAUCAUGCUUCCUACACACACACCUGUACACAUACACGUGUACGCCCAUGCCCUUAAUAUAUAUGGCACACAGAUUUUAAUGCGUUGUAUGGUCAGUAUACCUGAAAAGCAAUUUUUAAACCAAAAUUCCAGCUCCUUGCCUUGUGUAAAAUUUUAGGCACAGGUCUAUCCAAGGAGCUCUUCAUGAAUGGGAUGCUGGAAAUCAGGCACAUUGCUGCAGGCGCACAUAUGAUCUCCAGUUUAAGUGCAUUCCCCACUACAGGUAAUACCAAGUGGUGGCAGAUUCCAAUGUGACAGAAGGUCUUGCACUUCUGGUUACAGGAAAGGUGCCAUCAUAAUGAACAGCCAUUGGGGAAGGGUGAAAAAUGGGAUAUUAGAGCAACCCAGAAUGAAGUAGUAAGUCAAAAGCAAUCAAUAACCAUCUGUGCAGGAUGCUUAUUGCUACCUAUUCGUUUUAUCCAGCCUCCCCUUACAGACAGAAAUGUAGCUUCUUUUAUAUCACAACUGAACUAGAAACCAUAACAGGAAAAAAAAUCAUCAAACUGUUAAGUGGAAGAGCAGAUAUGCUUUCCUCCAAGACUGCGAUAUGUUCUAUUAGUGCAUUUUAAGACAUGGAAAUAACUGUGGUGUACUAAUUUUCAAUUUGUUAAAAGUUUAGCAGAGAUCAACUGUGUUUUCUUUGUCUGUUGUUUUUAAAUACCAUCUGACCCUGUGCAGGAUUUUUUAAUUCAGUGGGUCUGUUUUAAGCCUACCUCAGCUAAAAUGCUACAGGACCCUGAAUUUUCUCUUGAGUGUGCUCACUGUAAAGUUGUCUUCUACUAAAAUAGAAGUUGUAACAGUAGCCUUGGCUUUGAGUACAGCUUUACAGAGCAGCACAUGGGAAUGGUGUGUUUUAAGUUGCAUAUGGAUUUUUAUACUACGUAACAUCCUAUGACAAUUUUGAUACAAGAAAGCACUCCACUUUUACUUUUCUUAUUAAAAACAAGAGCACUGCUUGUAUAGGACAUAAGGACUGAACUUUUAUCUUUACGCCGAAUACCUGUGAAGUAAAAUUCACAUGAAUUUAAAUCCUUCCAAUCCACAACCACUGCAAGCUGUUUAAAGUGAAUUCUGAAAGGGUUUUGGAAUUGCUUUUGAUAUCUAUGUUGUUUUUGUUUUUCAUAAGUGCUUCUGUGUCGUUCCUUGUGUGUCACUCCUCAGGGUGCAGUUGAAGUUGAUUUUUCUUUUUAUUAAAUGAAAAAUACAGGCUGAUACAGGUUUUGAAGAGUUAAUGAUAUGUGGUAGGGGCACACUCCAAAUUUGUGCAGAAACACAUGGACCUCUCCAUUGCUGUUCUCUAUACAUUCCAGCACUGGUAGAAGUGUGAUGCAGACUAGUUUAAACUGCAGUCCCCUUCCAACCUAGAAAAA